UCAGCAGUAGCAGGUCAGGGAGACAAACCCGUCAAGAAAGAGACGGGAAUAAGAACCGGAACGGAGUGGUUGCCCACCAAACAGCAUAUAAUUACAACGAAAAGUCGCGUUCGCACCGUCAUCGAGUUAGAGCCAGCCUUGUUAUUCAAACUUGCAACAUCGGUCGCUUACUAACUAAUCGUUAGCUGCCAGGCUAAGUUACCCUGCCAGCCGGUUAGCCCUUCCUAGAUACUGUAGCAGCUAAACUAGCUUAGCUGUUGGCAGCCCCACUGCCUACGAAGAGCUUCCAAGAUGAGGCUGAAAGUAGGAUUUAUUCUACGGAGUUUGCUUGUCAUUGGGACGUUCCUAGGCUUGGUGGUGCUCUGGUCUUCUCUGUCGCCGAAACCCAACGAUGAAAACCCUUUUGGAAAACGGGAUGACAGUUUGCUGCCCAAAGGAGACCUAGUAAAUAAGUUUAAGCCUGUGGUUCCAUGGCCUCAUGUGGAGGGGGUGGAGGUUGACCUCAAUUCCAUCAGACUCAAGCAUGGAGGGGCCAUCCAUCCCCAGGAUCCUGAUCAGCACCCCAACCAGAAGCAGGUGAUCCUGCAACAGUAUGUGACAUUCAGACCCCACACUCAUGCCUACAUUAGCCCUGUCCUGAAGACGGGUAUCCUGGGAAACUUUGAGCCCAAGGAACCUGAGCCUCCUGGAGUCCCCGGUGGUCCUGGAGAGGGAGCUAAGCCUUUUGUCCUUGGUCCAGAGUACAAAGAUGCCAUCCAGGCUUCCAUCAAAGAGUUUGGCUUCAACAUGGUGGCAAGUGACAUGAUCUCACUGGACAGAACCAUCAGUGAUAUACGCCAUGAAGAGUGUAAGUACUGGCAUUAUGAUGACAGACUGCUGACCUCCAGUGUGGUGAUAGUCUUCCAUAACGAAGGCUGGUCUACACUGAUGAGAACCAUCCACAGUGUCAUCAAGAGGACUCCCAGAAAAUAUCUUGCUGAGAUAGUCAUGAUAGAUGAUUUCAGCAACAAAGCCCAUUUGAAAGAACGUUUGGAGGAGUACAUCAAGCAAUGGAACGGCCUUGUAAAACUCUUCAGAAAUGAGAAGAGAGAAGGACUGAUCCAGGCGAGGAGUAUAGGAGCAAAGAAGGCCACUAAAGGACAGGUGCUGAUCUACCUGGAUGCUCAUUGUGAGGUUGGAAUCAACUGGUAUGCUCCUCUGAUUUCUCCUAUUUCAAAAGACAGGACAGUUUGUACAGUGCCACUGAUAGACUAUAUAGAUGGUAAUGAGUACAGUAUGGAGCCCCAGCAGGGUGGAGAUGAGGACGGCCUGGCUAGAGGAGCAUGGGAUUGGAGCCUGCUCUGGAAGAGAGUACCGCUUAGCCAGAGAGAGAAGGCCAAGAGAAAACAUACCACCCAGCCCUACUGGUCUCCAGCUAUGGCGGGUGGUCUGUUUGCUAUAGAGAGAGACUUCUUCUUUGAGCUGGGUUUGUAUGACCCAGGGCUGCAGAUAUGGGGAGGAGAGAAUUUUGAAAUAUCAUACAAGAUCUGGCAGUGUGGUGGCCAGCUACUCUUUGUACCGUGUUCUCGAGUCGGCCAUAUCUACAGACUUCAGGGAUGGCAAGGCAAUCCUCCACCUGCACAUGUUGGAUCGUCACCCACUCUCAAGAACUAUGUUCGCGUGGUGGAGGUAUGGUGGGAUGAAUAUAAGGAUUACUUCUAUGCCAGUCGUCCUGAAACUCUCACUCUAGCCUACGGAGACAUCAGUGAACUGAAACGCUUCAGGGAGGAACAUCGAUGCAAGAGCUUCAAGUGGUUUAUGGAGGAAAUAGCGUAUGACAUUCCACUGCACUACCCUCUGCCUCCUAAAAACGUAGAAUGGGGGGAGAUUCGGGGCUUUGAGACGAGCUACUGUAUUGACAGUAUGGGACACACCAAUGGAGGCAAUGUGGAAAUAGGACCUUGCCACAGAAUGGGGGGCAACCAGUUGUUCCGUAUCAAUGAAGCUAACCAGUUGAUGCAGUACGACCAGUGCUUGACCAGAGGAGGUGAUAAUUUGGCGGUCAUCAUCACACACUGUGAACAGAACCAGCACACUGAGUGGAAGUACUUCAAGGAUCUCCAUCGGUUCACUCACGUUCCAACAGGGAAAUGUCUGGACCGCUCUGACCUGCUCCACAAAGUGUUCAUAUCAGACUGUGACACCAGUAAAACCACUCAGAAAUGGGAGAUGAACAACAUAGUGGCUGUAUGAAGACAAAUCGGAGCUUGGAGGGAAACAUGGUGACUGUAUACACACUGAUUAACACACACAAGUACAUCCAUACUGUAAGUUUACAGAUAUAUCAAGCUUAUACUGUCCUUAAGGGGAAAAAGUGUAAUUGACAUGAGCCAGGCACUCCCAACAAGAUGAAAUGGUCCAGUAUUAACUAUUAACAGCUGCAACCCAAACUGUUGGUGUCAGCCAAAAUAUGCCUUUGUCAAACUUUGGUCCAUAUGCUCUUGCAUUAAACAGACACAUAGACACUCCAGAUGGCAGAAGAAGAACUGGUAGUAUGGAUGGUGAAGCUGCUGGUCCACAGAAUGAUCUCUUGGUCAAACAUUGAACUAGAAAUUUGUUGGGCUCUGUCCGUCCUUCAUUGUGUUUACAUGUUGUCUCUAGCUGUUCUUUUGGGCUCUCAGGUCUUUCUAAACCACUACAUUGAUUUAUGAAAUUAUCCCAUCAACAUUUUCAAUCAACUGUUUGCCAAACUAUUAGCUCACUCAUCAAGAGUCUUUUUUUUCUGGUGGAAGAUUCAAUCAAAUCAUCACUGUGUUCAACCAAGUGUGGUAUAUACAGUGCUGGCUGGCAUAAUGCUUGCUUUUGUCAGCAGGUUAAGUUUCAAGGUAUUGGGUAUCUUCAAGAAAGACCACUCAACAUAUAAGUGCAACAAUCAACAGGUAAAAUUCCAACCUAUGGAUCAGUCAUCUGCUUCUUAAAGUCAUAAAGUCAUUAGGCAAGUGUCACCAUAUCAGUCAGAAUUUAUCAACCUUCCUCUGGGCCCAAACCAGAUAAAGGGUAGAGAAGCUGUCUUCUCAGAGAGGGAUCCCAAGGAGAUGUAAGUAAAGCUCCUACAGGCACUUGCUGAACAUGUUGAGAAGGACACUGACAUAUUUUUUACUUUUUUUACUUAUAUAUUUUGACAGUUUUAUUUGUUUUCUUGCUUUCCUGUGAAAACAAUUUAAAAUAAACAAUUUUUUUGUUUUCCCCAAUUCUACCUUAAAGCUAAUGCAGUAAUUUAACAGGCUGAAUUUGGUGAAAUAAGCAGAAUUUAAUUCACCACUCUGCGUCAAAAGCCUAGCCAAGACAACAAAACAAAACAAACAAAAAUGAAUCAAACAGUGCUGGUGUCCUCCUACAUAAAGCUUUAUAUAGUGUUCAUUUUUCUUUCCCAAUGUGCCAUGUCUUUAACCAGCCCUCUCAGUAAAAAGGUAAAUUUAUUUUCUUAAAUUUGAUUGGUUACCAAUUACUUCUGUUGUCUUCCAGUGGUUUGAAUUCAUGUUCAUCAACAACCUUAAAUAGUGCAUCUUCACGAGCAGUGAUCUGACUGACUGAGGACUUAAAAACUGCUUGCCUUACUGACAGUCUUGAGAAAUUCAGUAGCUGACCAGUUGACUGUGACUUAGUAACUGUCUGUCUGAAAUGAAAAAUGGGGGGGGCACUGGGUUGUUGGAGUGGGGAAUGAUACAAGGGACAAAUACACAAUUUAUGGUGGGGAAAACAAUAAGUGAAGAAAAUGUGACUGCUUUUUUGUUUGUUUUUCCAAGGGAAAAAGGGUUUGGUGUAUGGGUGAUCGUGAAUGCAAUGUUUUGUACAAUGUAAAUAGAUUCCUUUGUAAAGACAUGAUGCAUUUUGUGAAGGGCCUUGAAUGAUGUAAAUAUCUAACUUAUAACAGAGAUUUAAUAUGAGCUGAACUGUGGGUGAUUGAGCAAAUAAAAGAUGUGAU